AUGGACCUCCCUGUAACGGAUUUCGGAAGCAGCGGACAAAACCGCGGCCUAUCAACAAAACUCUUCACCAUCCAUGGCUUAACUGCACAUAAGCGUAUUCAUACAGGAGAGAGACCAUAUCAGUGUGUUAUCUGUAGUAAGUCAUUCUCUCGAAAGGAUUGCUUAAACAAACACAAAUACAUUCAUACAAGAAAGAUAUUAUAUCACUGUGAUAUCUGUGACAAAUCAUUUUCUGAAAAUCAUGUCUUCAUGAAACACAAGCAUAUUCAUACAGAGAAUAAGAUAUAUCGUUGUGAUACUUUUGAUAAAUCAUUCUCUCAAAAUGAGGAUUUGACUGCACACAAGCGCAUUCAUACUAAGGAGAAACCUUAUCAGUGUGUUAUCUGUGGUCAUUCAUUUUAUGAUGGAAGUACCUUAACUAAACACAAACGUACUCACACUGGAGAGAAGCCAUUUCGUUGUGUUAUCUGUGGUCGGUCAUUCUCUGAAGGAAGUAGUUUGACUAAACACAAACGUAUUCAUACAGGAGAGAAACCUUAUGAGUGUGACAUCUGUGAUAAGUCAUUUUCUCAAUCUCAUCACUUAACUAGUCACAGACGUAUUCAUACAGGCAAGAAAUCCUACUUUUGUGAAAUUUGUGGUAAGUCAUUCUCUCAAAAUGAAGGCUUAACUGCACAUAAGCGUAUUCAUACAGGAGAGAGACCAUAUCAGUGUGUUAUCUGCGAGAAGUCCUAUCACUGUGAUAUCUGUGAUAAAUCAUUCAAUGAAAAUCAUGUCUUCAUGAAGCACAAACAUAUUCAUCCAGGGAAUAAGAUAUAUCGCUGUAAUACCUGUGAUAAAUCAUUCUCUCAUACUGAUGAUUUGAAUGCACACAAGCGCAUUCAUACUAAGGAGAAAUCUUAUCAGUGUGUUGUCUGUGGUCAAUUAUUCUCUGACCGAAGUACUUUAACUAAACACAAACGAGAGAAACCUUAUGAAUGUGAUUUCUGUGGCAAAUCAUUCUCUCGAAAUGAUCACUUAAGUGCACACAAAUACAUUCAUACAAGGGAGAAGCCAUAUCAUUGUCAUAUAUUCCAUUCAUCCUCUCCAAAAAGACAGUUUACUACACAUCAUUUCCCUGAUUCGAGUAAGAACACUGUUGAUUACACUUUUGAGCAGCAGUGCCAAUACGUCUUGUACCGGCAAUGCAUUGACAAAAAGGCAGGAGAGGAAGAACAUUGUCUGGGAGAGGAUGAACUACUAAAUGAUCUUCGACGUGGAGAAGAAUUCCAUGAAACACGUAAGAGUUUACCUUCUAUGGUUAACUCCAGAAUGGCCUGUAGUGUUGCCAAUUGCAUCGAACUAUGCUCUGACAAGACAGGUGCUACUGAAGAUGAAGAAGAAGAAAUAGUAGCAGGUAGCAGGGCAGAUGUGGUAGCAACACUUUUUGCCAAUGCAGUUCAAUGUCCAGUCAGCAGAGGAAGCCAACCGGUCCACAAUACUGACCACUGUCAUUGA